UAGAAGGCUCGGCUACCUCCAAAGUCUGGCUGUACAGUCAUCAAAAUCUAGUAAUAAAACGCUGGGUGGAGGUUAGAAUAGUUUGAAAGACAUAUUCGCUACAAUGACUAUCCAGUGGACUCUCGCUGCUGGCUUUCUGUACACUGAGAUCGGUGUUCUUUUGUUGUUCUGUCUUCCUUUUAUUUCGGCCAAAAGAUGGAAUCAACUUUUUAACUCCAGGUUCGUGGCUGCUUUGUUUGCGUAUGGAAAUUUCUACUUCAACGUCAUUGCGUUAGUGAUGGCUCUACUUUUACUAGAUUCAAUUCGUGAAUCCAGAAAGUACAGCAAGAUGGAGUCCACUGCACAAGUGGACUUGCACAACAAUCCUCAGGCAGAAAUCAUGGCUCAGAUGAAAUUGUUUCGUGCACAGCGUAAUCUGUACAUUUCUGGAUUUUCCCUGUUUCUUUUGAUAGUGCUACGUCGUGUUGGAAAGCUUCUCUCCAAAAAUUCUGUUCUUGAAGCUUCCAAUGAAGCCAGUCUGCGUCAAGCACAAAAUGUGUCUCAGCAGUGCGAAAAAUUGAUGGAGGAAAAUAAUGAACUUAAAAAGGCCAUAGAAGGCACAGAAGGAAAAACAGAGACAAAGACAGAGACAAAAGAUGAAGAUAAAAUGAACCAAGAGCUGAAAGAAUUGAGAGAAGCCUUGGAAGAUAAAUCCAAGAAGCUUUCAGAACGAUCUGAAGAGCUUGAAAGGACUAAGAAAGAUUUGGCUGCGUUGAAAGAACAGGCCGCAGGACUGACACGGGAAUACGACAGACUUUUGGAGGAACAUGCCAAAGCACAGGCCCAGCUGGAGAAAGACGAGAACCAAACAGGAGAAGAAAAAAAAGAAAACACAUAUCCGCUACAAAAAAUGACCGUCCAAUGGGCUCUCGCUGCCUUAUUUCUGUACGCCGAGAUCAUUGUUCUUUUGUUGUUCUGUUUUCCUUAUAUUUCUACCGAAAGAUGGAAUCAAAUUUUUAAAUCCAGGAUCGUGGCUACUUGGUUUAGUAGUGGAAGUUACUACUUCAAAGUCGUUGUGUUGGCGAUGGUUCUACUGUUAGCAGAUUCAACUCGUCAAAUCAUCAAGUACAACAAGCUGGUGUCUUCUUCUCCAGGGGACUUGCGCAACAAUCCUCAGGCUGAAGUGACAGCUAAGAUGAACUUGUUUCAUGCACAGCGUAAUCUGUACAUUUCUGGAUUUUCCCUGUUCCUUUUGAUAGUGCUAAAUCGUUUUGUAAAGCUUCUGUCUGACACAGAGAAGAAAGGUGAAGAUAAAGUUAACCAAGAGCUCAAAGAAAUGAGAGAAGCCUUGGAAGAAAAAUCCAAAGAGCUUGAGAGGACAAAGAAAGAUUUGGCUGCGUUGAAAGAACAGGCCGCAGGACUGACACGGGAAUACAGCAAACUUUUGGAGGAACAUGCUAAAGCACAGGCCCAGCUGGAGAAAGACGAGAACCAAACAGGAGAAGAAAAGAAAGACAACUGAGGUCAUGUCACCAAUAUCUGGAUUAUUUGAUUAUCAUAACACAUUUACUGGAAGAGCAGAUCUAAAGAUAGCUUGUCGCAUAGUCUGUUUAAAGCUUGUGAGAAAACGUAGAAGCAUAGUUAGUAGAGGUCAGUGACAAAACUGACUUGUUUUCUUUUUUCAAGUAUGAUUAUUCGUAAAUCGUUGAUAUUUACACUGAUUAACAUUUGUUUGUUGGGUGAGAAUUGAUGAUAUUACAAGUCACUGUUAGAUUCAGUUGCAAGUACAUCACAUUAAAUUCAAAAGUAUUGAAAAAUAUAUUUUAAAAUACUAACAGAUCUUUGUAAACAGUAUUUGUUCAAGUAACCUUCACAUAGUUAAA